AUGACAGGACACAGAGACAGGCAUUGGGAUUCGGAUAAUCGAUUUGAAAAUAAGAUUACGAGAUUUAUUGAUGAUUUCCUAGGUGAUGCUAAAACAAAAUUUCGUAGUGUUGGUAGCGGUGGUGGUGAUGGUAAAUGGGUCCCAGCUAUUGAUGUAACAGAAAAUGAGAGAGAGUAUACGAUCAUCGCCGACCUUCCGGGUGUCAAUAAAGAAGAUGUCGAUAUCGAAUUUCAUGAUUCAAUUUUGGUUAUCUCUGGAAACCAUAAACACGAAUCAGUUGAUUUUGCUCCACAAGAGAUAAAUGUUAAACAACAAAAAACCGAUCCCAAUUUCCAACCAAAUCAACAACAAACUGAUCAAUACCAACAAACUCAACAAUCACAUCAGCAAAGACCAACCGAACAUCAAUCAAAUCAACAGACAACCGAAUUUCAAUCAAAUAAACAACCAACCGAAUAUCAAUCAAAUCAACAACCAACUGAAUAUCAAACGAAUCAACAACAAUAUCAUCAACAACAACAACCAACUUCACAAAACGAUCAACGACGAGGCGAAUAUCAAGAAUUCCAUCGAUUAAAUAAAUCUCAACAAACACCGCAAACUAAUGGAAAUCAAGGAACUUACGAAAAACUUCAUAUACAAGAACGUCGUUAUGGUCCAUUUUCCAGAUCAAUUCAAUUACCAACCAAUAUUAGAAAUGAUGUAGAUUUCAAUGCGAAUUUAGAAAACGGUGUAUUGAAAAUUAGGGUACCCAAAAAUAGUGAAAAACCCAAGAGAAAGAUUAGAAUCUCUUAA